GCAAUCCGCCCCGCCCCAGAGUCCGGGCGCGUCCAGCAGACCAGCUUUAGGUGGAGAGACCCCCCCCCCCGCCCGUCCUUCUCGGGUGGCACCUUCGCACACAGGUCCGGCCUAGAGCUUCUGAAGCUGGCACGAAGGAAAACUGGUGCGUCACGCUGUUAAUGGCUGUAAAUAGCAGAGAAAAGGUUAUCAAAAGCUAAGGAGACUAUGGUGGAAAACUCCCCGUCCCCUUUGCCAGAAAGAGCGAUCUAUGGCUUCGUUCUUUUCUUAAGCUCCCAGUGCGGUUUCAUACUCUAUCUUGUAUGGGCAUUUAUUCCUGAGACUUGGUUAAACUCCAUAGGACUAACAUAUUGGCCUCAAAAGUACUGGGCAGUUGCUUUACCAGUCUACCUCCUUAUUACUUUAGUAAUUACUUACAUAUUGAUAUUUGGAAUUAACAUGGUGAAUACUUCUCCACUGGACUCUAUUCAUACAGUUACAGAUAACUAUGCCAAAAAUCAGCCACAGAAGAAAUCUCAAGAAAAAGCUAUUCCAGCCCUAAAGGACAUACCUAUUAGUGAAGUAAACCAAAUGUUCUUUAUUGCUGCCAGAGGACUUUACACUAAAAGCUGAAUUAUACAGAGAACAUCUCAAUCCCAAACAUUCAUUUAAGAAUUUUUUUGAAUAGGAUUAUUUUGACUGUGACCUUCUAUUUCCCUCAGAUACCUUGUAUUAAUUGAGAAGGGGAACAGAUGCAAGUUGAAUGGAUAGAGACCUGACCUUGGAGCCAGGAAAACCUUGAUUUACUGAGAUUCUAGUUGAAUGACCCUGGGCAAAUCACUUAACUUCUCAGUGCUCUGUUUAACUCUCAAAAACUCUGUGCCACAGAGAAGGUAUAAAGAAGUUUCAUCUUCUGGGGGUACCCUGUGUCAAUUUAAUAAUGAGUCCAGUCCCUAAACCUAACUAUUAGAUUUUUCUGGGAAGGUAUUCCAAAUGUUUUGAAGAAUGGAUGAAAUAAAAUACUCUGUCAUAUGUACCAGCAAAGAAGCUCUAAUUAACCUAAUUAAUAUUUAAUUAAAGCUGUACUUAAAGAACAAGA